GCGCGAGAGCUGGAGAUGCGCAAGGCGACGGCGAGAGGGUCCAGGCUCGCGCGCAAGCCGACCAAGUCGUACGAGGUGGCUGAUGACAAGCACAAGCAGCUGCUCGGCCUCGGUGGCAACGAGAACGCGCACCUCGACCCGGACGAUGAAGACUACAUGCGGAGCGUCGUCGAAAAGCUCGAGCAAGACUUGGCUCGGCGACAGGAGAGCUACGUGCGCCGCGAACGACAGUACCAAGUGCGCAUUGAAGAGCUCGAGAAGCUCCUGACCGAGGCCAAGGCCAAGAAGGUGUCAAGCGCGUCCCAUGAAGACACGAUGAGUUCGCUGCGGCAAGUGCACAAGAACAUUCUCGGCAGCAUCGCCCAGGUCCAAGAGCGCACGGGCAAAAUUCUGCAAGAGCAAGAAAAGGACUUGCUGCGGGCGUUCCGCGCGCGGCUCUACAGCGUCCAAGAAGAGCUCGAGACGGAGAAGAACAAAACGGACGACGGCGCGUCGGCGUGGAUCGACAAGAGCAAGCAGCUCGAGACCGAGGUCGAGUGGACAAAGGAGAUGGCCGACCGCCUCGAUCGGCUCAACCAAAGCCUCACGCGCGAGAACCAGCGGCUCAAGACACAGUUCUCGAUGCAGGAAAACGACCGCGAGUUCCUCGUCCGGCAACUCGUCAGCGUCAAGAAGGACAACGUUCGGCUACGAAAAGAGCUCACGGACGCGCUCAACGAGAAUAGCCGCCUCAAGGAAGAAGGCCCGCUCGGCGACGAGAUGCCCGCUAUCAAGCGCGGUACUAGCGUCAAAUCCGACAAAUCCAAAGCGUCCGGCGCGGGGUCGCUGCCCUCCAUGGCGCCCCCUCGCGCGUCGUCUGCCGGUGGCCUCACGCCCAACGUGCCCGAGGUGGACAACCGAUACAAGGAAAUCAUCAAGCGGCUCAAGCGGGUUCUCGAAGUCGAGAGGCGCAAUUUACGGCAAGUGCGCUCGGCGUAUACGGCCGACCUCCAAACGCACACAGAGCUCUCGAUGUUUCUUAAGCAGUGCGUGGAAGACGUGAAAGCGCAGAUCACAGAUCCCAGCGCCAUCCGACACCUCGAGCCGAUGCAUGUGCUCGGAACGACGCUCUCGGGUGCGGACCGCCAGCGCGUGAUCGAGGUCCUUCUGUCCCAAGAGCGCGUCUUGAGCUUACUGUAUGCAAAAGCGUUUCCGCUGCCGACGACGCCGAUCGUGCCCCAUGAUGAUGUGACCAAAGAGGACAUUCGCGACAUCUUCCACGACGCGCCGGUCCCCGCCAUGCAUCCUCUCAGCGAGCACAGCGCCGAGUCCGUCCAAGACGACGACGACGUCGACGACCGGUAG